ACCCAAUUUAGUCCCUCUAAGUCAAACACAUUGCAAUGCAACCUUUUGAUAUAAAUUAGAGAAGCCUUUUUCUCACCCAGAAAGAUUUCCCAAAGAAACUCCUCAUAAACACUCACACUCUUGAGCUCAUCACAAAUUCAAUUUGAAAAAGACUCCUAACAACAAUACCCACCUUCUAUACCUUCCUUACAUACAUAUAUAUCUUCACAUACAUACCCUCUUCUCUAUCAUAAUCUUCUCAUUCCUCUCUCUCACACACAAUGUCUUCCAACAAGAAAGGAAUCAUGAGAACAAUACUACUCUCAUCAAAUGGUGGUUGUGGCUGCGGUAAACAGAAACCCUCUGAGGUUCACCAACCCGCCCCAAAACCUAAGAUCUCCGUGUAUCAGACCACAAACCCUAGCACUUCCUCCACCACUUCCGGCGACCCCGCUGACGACGAGGACUUCACCUCCACCACCAUCUCCGACACCGACACUCAUCAUCAAGACUACAGCAAUAAUAACAAGAGCAUUAUUGCGAAGAAUAAUAAUGUAAGUAGUUCAUUCACGAAACCUAACCCUAAUAUCGUUGAUAGCAUAGCGGUUGAGAAGGAAUCCACCGAUCCUUAUAGGGAUUUCAGGUAUUCAAUGCUUCAAAUGAUCCUUCAGAAAGAGAUCUUCUCCGAAUCGGGUCUUCAAGAGCUUCUACAAUGCUUUCUGGAGCUGAAUUCGCCAUGUCAGCACCAAAUCAUUGUUCAAGCAUUCAUGGAGAUCUGUGAAGAGACCUUCCCUAAGAAGUUCUGUGAUGGUGAACCCUCUUCCAGAAAGUAGUUAGCUAGCUUCAUUAUUGGGUGAAUGACGAUGAUUGAUAGGUAAGCCAUGGCCAUGUGACUGCAUUGAAUUGCAGCACGUGGGAAGAUGCUCUGUUUGUGUUGUGCAUGGAAAAGUCAUCGUCACAACUUGCAAUGCAAAUCAUUCGUUUUCAAUUAAUUCCCCAUUCAUUCAUCUUUUUAUUAUGUACCUUUUGGGGUUGAAAUUUAAUUUAUUCACAUUAUUUUCGGGAUAUAACCUUUCAAUUUGGCUGUAAAUUUUGAGUAAGAGAAC